AUGCCCGCUGUUACUGCGGGCAGCCAGGGAGGCGUGAAGAAGAGGACUAAAGUCAUCAAGAACAACGUGAACCCCGUAUGGAACGAGGGCUUCGAGUGGGACCUGAAGGGAGCUCCCCUGGACCCCGGCGCCGAGCUCACUGUCGUCGUGAAAGACCAUGAGACCGUGGGGAGAAACAGGUUUUUGGGAGAAGCCCGAGUGCCCCUGCGAGAUGUCCUCUCCUCCCCCAGCCUGGCGGCCUCCUACAACCUCCCCUUGCUGGACACCAAGAAGCAGAGCACCGGGGAGGGGAAGAGGCUCCAGCCUGCGGAAUUGGGGGCGUGGGAGAGGCUGGGAGGUGCGAACGUGCCCUGGGGGGGAGGCUGGGGCAGACCUCCUCCGCCUUGCACCCUCUGCCCCUCUUUCCUACAGACCUUCUUCUUCAACGUCUUCGAGUCGCCGGCCGAGUUGUUCGACGCGCCCAUCUUCAUCACGGUUGUGGACUCUCGGUCUUUCCGGACGGACUCGGUGAUCGGGGAGUUUCGGAUGGACGUCGAGACCGUUUACUCCGAGCCAAAACACGCUUUUCUCAGGAAAUGGCUGCUGCUGUCUGACCCGGAGGACUUCUCUGCGGGGGCCAAGGGCUAUCUGAAAGUCAGCCUGUUCGUGCUGGGGCCUGGAGAUGAAGCUCCCGUGGAGAAGAAGGAGGUCUCUGAAGACAAGGAAGACAUCGAGGGCAACCUCCUGCGCCCCACGGGGGUCACCCUGAGAGGGGCUCACUUCUGCCUGAAAAUCUUCAAAGCCGAAGACUUACCCCAGAUGGAUGACGCCGUCAUGGACAACGUCAGGCAGAUCUUUGGCUUCGACAGCAACAAGAAGAACCUGGUCGAUCCCUUUGUGGAAGUCAGCUUUGCGGGCAAGACGGUGAGCGGCCGGAGCGGGGCAGCCGCCCCCGAUGAGUUUCCUGCUCUCGCGAAGCCUCUGAAAGCCGCAGACCCUGACGAUGGGCUCGGGUUCCUGCCGACCUUCGGUCCCUGCUAUAUCAACCUCUACGGCAGCCCCCGGGAGUUCACCGGCUUCCCCGACCCUUACGAGACGCUCAAUUUAGGAAAGGGCGAGGGAGUCGCGUAUCGUGGCAGGAUGCUGGUGGAGCUGGAGACCAAACUGGUGGAGCACGUGGAGCAGAAGGUGGAGGACAUUUCUGCGGAUGACAUCCUGCGGCUGGAGAAGUACCUGCGCCGUCGGAAGUACUCCCUCUUCGCUGCCUUCUACUCGGCCACCAUGCUCCAAGACGUGGACGACGCCAUCCAGUUUGAGGUCAGCAUUGGCAACUACGGCAACAAAUUUGACAACACCUGCCUGCCCUUGGCCUCCACCACGCAGUACAGCCGGGCUGUCUUUGAUGGUUGUCAAUAUUACUACCUGCCCUGGGGCAACGUGAAGCCCGUGGUGGUGUUGUCAUCCUACUGGGAAGACAUCAGCUAUCGCACAGAUGCCCAAAACCUUCUCCACCACGCAGCAGACAGGCUGGAAGCAAACCUGGAGAAGGUCCAGCUGGCUCUCAAGGCCAACCGCUCGCCGAGUGAGCUGGACGCCCUGGGUGCCCAGCUGGUGGAUGACGUCAUCGCUGACUGCAGCCUGACCCUGCCCGACGUCCUGGGGAAGCCGGCCAGCACCCACCUGGACCAGAACAUGUACCGCUUUCGCAGCACCAACCUGGAGCAGAUAGUGAAGGCAGCCCUGAAGCUCAAGCACGACGACUCGAGCCUGUUGGUGGCCCUGGAGCAGGCAGAGGACUGGCUCUCCAGGCUGAAGGCCAUGGCAGAGGAGCCCCAAAACAGCCUGCCCGAUAUAGUCAUCUGGAUGCUGCAGGGAGACAAGCGUGUAGCGUACGCCCGCGUGCCAGCCCACGAGGUCCUCUUCUCCAGGGGCAUCUCCAGCUGCUGCGGCAAGAACUGCGGGAAGCUGCAGACCAUCUUCCUGAAGUACCCCCAGGAGGAGGCGAUGGGUCCGAGGAUCCCAGCCCAGAUCCGGGUCCAGCUCUGGUUCGGGCUGUCGGUCGAUGAGAAGGAGUUUAACCAGUACGCCGAGGGGAAGCUCUCCGUCUUUGCCGAAACCUAUGAGAACCAGACCAAGCUGGCGCUGGUGGGGAACUGGGGCACGACCGGCCUGACCUACCCCAAGUACUCAGAUGUCACCGGCAAGAUCAAACUGCCCAAGGACAGCUUCCGCCCCUCCACGGGCUGGACCUGGGCCGGGGACUGGUUCAUCUGCCCGGAGAAGACGUUGCUGUACGACGUGGACGCCGGGCACCUGAGCUUCGUGGAGGAGGUGUUCGAGAACCAGGUCCGGCUGCCUGGAGGCCAGUGGAUCCACAUGACUGACGCCUACACCGAUGUGAAUGGGUUGAAGGUCCUGCAUAAGGAUGAGAUUGAGUGCCCUCCGGGCUGGAAAUGGGAAGACGUGGAGUGGGACACCGAUCUCAACAGAGCCGUGGAUGAGAAAGGCUGGGAGUACGGCAUCACCAUCCCGCCGGACCGCAAGCCCAAGGCCUGGGUGCCGGCCGAGAAGAUGUACCACACCAACCGGCGGCGGCGCUGGGUGCGGCUCCGCCGGAGGGACAUCACGCAGAUGGAGGCCAUGAGGAAGCACAAGCAGGAGGAGCUGGACGGGGAGGGCUGGGAGUACGCCUCGCUCUUCGGCUGGCGCUUCCACCUGAAGCAUCGCCGGACCGGAGGAGUGACAGACGACAGGAGUGACGAUGGCAAAUCCAUCUCCACCCUCAGUUUCGGUGUCAACAGACCCACCAUUUCGUGCAUAUUUGACUGCGGGAACAGAUACCACCUCCGCUGCUACAUGUACCAAGCGCGGGAUCUGAUCGCCAUGGAUAAGGACAGCUUUUCAGAUCCUUAUGCCAUUGUCUCCUUCCUCCACCAAAGCCAGAAGACGGUGGUGAUCAAGAACACCUUGAACCCCACCUGGGACCAGACACUCAUCUUCUAUGAGAUAGAGAUCUUUGGGGACCCCCAGAACGUAUCUGACUCCCCUCCCAACAUCGUGGUGGAAAUAUAUGACCAUGACACCUAUGGUGCGGAUGAGUUCAUGGGGCGCUGCAUUUGCAAGCCCAGCCUGGCGCACUCGCCACGGCUCUCCUGGCACCCGGUCAUCAAGGCGAACAGAAAUGUCGGGGAGCUGCUGGCUGCCUUCGAGCUGAUUCAGAGGGAGAAGCCGGCUGUCCAUCACGUCCCUGGCUUCGAGAGUGAGCUGUCCUCCAGUCUGGAUGAGUCCGCGGACUCUGACCUGCCGUACCCCCCACCCCAGCGGGAGCCCAACAUUUACAUGGUCCCCCAAGGAAUCAAACCGGUCCUGCAGCGCACGGCCAUCGAGAUCCUGGCCUGGGGGCUGAGGAACCUCAAGAGCUACCAGCUGGCCAGCGUCACCUCGCCCAGCCUGCUGGUGGAGUGUGGAGGCCAGCUCGUGCAGUCCUGCGUCAUCAAGAACGUCAAGAAGAACCCCAACUUUGACGUCUGCGUGCUCUUCAUGGAAGUGCGUUUACCCAAGGAGAGCCUGUACAGCCCCCCCAUCAUCAUCAAAAUCAUCGACAACAGGCCGUUUGGCCGAAGGCCCAUGGUGGGUCAGUGCACCAUCCGCUCAUUGGAGGACUUCUACUGUGACCCCUACCGAGAGGAGACGGACGGUCCCCAGGAGCACUCAGAUGAUGUGAGCCUCACGCCCAGGGAUGACGUCCUAAUUGACAUCGAUGACAAAGAGCCUCUUAUUCCUGUCCAGGAGGAAGAAUUCAUUGACUGGUGGAGCAAAUUCUAUGCUUCCACAGGAGAGAGGGAAAAAUGUGGCUGCUAUUUAGAGAAGGGCUUUGACACCCUGAAGGUCUACGAGACGGAGUUGGAGAACGUGGAGGACUUCGAACAUCUCUCCGACUUCUGCCACACCUUCAGGCUGUAUCGUGGCCGGUCGCAGGACUCAAAUGACGACCCCUCGGUUGUGGGGGAGUUCAAGGGUUCGUUCAAAAUUUACCCUCUCCCGGAUGACCCGCGAGUCCCAGUGCCACCUCGGCAGUUCCACCAGCUGCCGGCCAGAGGACCCCAGGAGUGUCUUGUCAGGGUCUACAUCAUCCGGGCCUUCGACCUCCAACCCAAGGACGCCAAUGGAAAGUGCGAUCCCUAUGUGAAGAUUUCAGUGGGAAAGAAAUCCAUAAAUGACCAAGAAAAUUACCUCCCCUGUACGCUGGAGCCUGUCUUUGGGAAGAUGUUUGAGCUCAGCUGCACUCUGCCCCUGGAGAAGGACUUGAAGAUCACGCUCUACGACUACGACCUCUUGUCGAAGGAUGAGAAGAUUGGGGAGACCGUCAUAGACCUGGAGAACCGGUUCCUGUCGAAAUACGGGGCGCGCUGUGGCCUCCCCCAAACCUACUGCGUCUCUGGACCCAACCAGUGGCGAGACCAACUCCGUCCUUCCCAGCUGCUUCACCUCUUCUCCCUGCAGCACAACUACAAGGCCCCCACCUACAAGUCCGACCGGGUCGUCUUCAGGGAGCAAGAGUACAUCCUCUCUGAACUGGAGGAUGGCAAACCCCUCAACCCCCACCUGGGGCCGGUGGAGGAGCGUCUCGCCCUGUACGCGCUGCGGAAGCAAGGGCUGGUGCCAGAGCACGUGGAGACGAGACCUCUUUACAGCCCUCUCCAGCCAGAAAUCGAGCAGGGAAAGCUACAGAUGUGGGUGGACCUGUUUCCGAAAUCUCUGGGUCAGCCUGGCCCCCCUUUCAACAUCACACCACGCAAAGCCAAGAGGUUCUUCUUGCGCUGCGUCAUCUGGAACACCAAGGAUGUCAUCCUCGAUGACCUCAGCAUCACCGGGGAGAAGAUGAGUGACAUCUAUGUCAAAGGCUGGCUGGUUGGCCACGAGGAGAACAAGCAAAAAACAGAUGUGCACUACCGGUCUAUGGGAGGAGAGGGCAACUUCAACUGGAGAUUCAUCUUCCCCUUUGACUACCUCCCGGCUGAGCAAAUGUGUUACAUCGCAAAAAAGGAGCACUUCUGGAGCUUGGACAAGACAGAAAACAAGAUUCCACCGCAGCUUAUCUUCCAGAUCUGGGACAAUGACAAGUUCUCUUUCGAUGACUAUUUAGGCUCCAUUCAGAUGGAUCUUAACAGAAUGCCCAAACCUGCCAAGACCGCUGAGAAGUGCUCCUUAGAGCUAGUAGAUGAGAGCUUGUCUUCAAGUCGCCUUGUGUCACUCUUUGAGCAGAAAACUGUCAAGGGAUGGUGGCCUUGUGUUGCUGAGCAGGAUCAAAAGAAGAUCCUGGCGGGCAAAUUGGAAAUGACUUUGGAAAUUGUGGCAGAACAAGAGCAUGAAGAGCGGCCAGCUGGCGUGGGUCGGGAUGAGCCAAAUAUGAACCCCAAGCUGGAGGACCCCAAGCGCCCGGAGACCUCCUUCCUGUGGUUCACCUCCCCAUACAAGACCCUGAAGUACAUUCUGUGGCGGCGAUACAAGUGGGUGCUUAUCCUGGCCAUCGUGCUCUUCAUUUUGCUGCUCUUCCUGGGGAUCUUCAUCUACGCCUUCCCGAACUAUGCUGCUAUGAAACUGGUGAAACCUUUCAACUGAAGCUGUGCUGGAAAACGCCUGAAAGGUCCGCUGCCUGCCUGGGGAUUUUGGAAAGAAGUUGCGGCUCUGCACUGGAUCACAUCAGCAGAUGGAGGCGGAGAAGGAACAGCCUCUCUCAGGCCCUAGGCUGCUGCCAAAAUGAAGAUACAACUUACCUUGAUGCGGUAUGCGGAAUCCCAUCUACAGCACUCACCUCGGAAGCAGCACGUAAACAAUACCUGCUCUGAAAUAUUUCUUAUUGAACUUCCUUGUCUGUUUUCUUUUUUUUUUUUUUUUCCUUUUUUUUGUUAAGCUGCUCUGAUUCGUAAUGCUUGAAUACCAGCGCAAAACUGAAGAGGGUGGGGGAGAAAAGGACCUUUUCAUAUGUAGUCUGUGAGCGUACAGUCAUGUUGCAGACCUUAGCGGAGGAGUCACGGGCUGCUGGCGUAAGCAGCACACGCAAGCCAAAAUGUCUCAGGUUCUGAGCACACUUUCCUUUGCACUCUGAACAAGCCUCAGUUUUUCUUUGCCGUGCAAUGUGUAUUAUCUAGUUUAUAUAUGUAUAAAGUCUAUUGAAGACAAAAUGAGCUGCACAGCCUGAAACCCUGGGCUGAUACGUUGCCUUUCCAAAGCCAGCAAACCCCACAAGAUACAGGACCCAGGGAAAAGGCUGCGAUGCAAAACCUGGGCAGAAGUUGGUGGUAAUUGCUAAAUCAAAACUCCCAUUGAAUUUUGUGCUCAUGAAGGACUGCACAGUCUGGCUCAUGUUUUUUGGAGCUUGUUUUCCCUCUGAGCUCCUCUUUCACCUCUACAGUCCCACAUGCCUCCCUUCAAAACCAGUGCUGUAGUGGCAGAAAGCGGAGUCGGGAUGAGCCCUACCCUGAGAGCAAUCCCAGGAGCGCAGCAGUACACGUGGACUUUGCUUUUCUCCUCUCCUGCUAUGUGCAACCCCUGCAGCCACAGUUCGGUGAAUGUAUUAGUCUUUUUUCUCCUGUGCUCCCGAACAUGCUUAAGCAAAACAGUACAAACCAGACUGCAACGUAAGCUGCGAAACUCACUGCUGCUGGGCGCUAAUGAGGCAGAUAACCCGCACCUUUGGAAGCAGGCUUGUUUGCUUUCUGCUUUGCAAACAAAUUAGUAUGAGACAUACCCUGCAGGUCUUGCUUAGCCUCCCACGGAGCAAGCGGCAGCUGUGACAGGACUGGGAUGGCAGCGUUGGGACACUUCUGCUGUUUUCUAUUCCCUCCUCCUGUCCGUCUGUCUCUCUGCUGCCGCGAUCAGACAGAGCGGUAUGGUCUAAGGGGAUUUCUAGUGUUUUGUAGUGCUGGCUCAUGUCACGAGAGGAUGCUAAUCAAAACAGUGUUAGCCUCAAACUUUCAUCCUGCAUCCACUCACCCUACAAGGAACCAUCUCCCAGAACAGGGGCAUCAAGCAUGAAAGCAAAUGUUCCUUUGAGAGACAGCUGUCCGGCUGCUCCGGGACCUCAUGGCUUUUGCUGAGGUCCCUUUG